AAGAAGAGCUACACAAACCAGGGGCUUUGGUCCAAUAAAGUAUGUACUACUAACCUGUACAUCCACUGAAACAUGGCUCUGGUUCCCUACACCGGCAGCUCGGUCCCGGGUCUGUCCAGGCUGCACGGUUCUACAGCGCGGCUCCGCUUCGCGGGCCGGGACCUGAGCCUGCAGCAGGACUGGGAGAAGAGCGGGGUGGCGGCGGUGGUGUGGGACGCGGCAGUUGUCCUGUGCAUGUAUCUGGAGCUGGGGAAAGUGGAGUUGGAGGGGAAGCGGGUGAUUGAGCUGGGAGCUGGGACUGGACUGGCGGGCAUCGUCGCUGUGCUGCUGGGAGCCCACGUGACCAUCACGGACAGAGAACCAGCGCUGGAGCUGCUCUCGGCCAACGUGAGGACCAACCUGCCCCAGCACCUCCACGAGUCGGUGGUGGUGUCCGAGCUGACCUGGGGGGAGCGGCUGGACCGCUACCCGUCCGGAGGCUUCCACCUGGUCCUGGGAGCCGACAUCGUCUACCUGGAGGACACGUUCCCGGCUCUGCUGCGGACGCUCGGCCACCUGAGCUCCGACUCCACCGUGGUCCUGCUGGCCUGCAGGAUCCGCUACGAGCGGGACACGGACUUUCUGAGCAUGCUCAGGCAGCAGUUCAGCGUAGAGGAGGUUUACUACGAGGAGCAAAGGGACAUCCAUGUUUACAAGGCAUGCAAACUUCCACCUCACAGGGAUUUAUGACAAACACCACCCCCUUUCUAAAUAAAAUGUUUCAAAA